AUGCAUUCUCCAGACUCCCUUCUUCACCAAAUCUAUAAAGGUAAAUAUUUUGCCACAACCUCAAUUCUUCAUGCACAACCUGGGACAAGACCUUCGUGGGGCUGGCGAAGCUUAUGUUGGGGUCGUGAUCUAUUAAUUCAAGGCUUGAGAUGGCAUAUUAACAGUGGACGAUCUAUCAAUUGCUUCAAUGAUCCUUGGGUCCCCACGGCUUUCCCUUUUAUUCCCAGAUGUAACCCAAUCACCACAAUGCCUCCAAUUUCUGUAUAUGAUCUUAUCGACUCUACUCGUAGAAACUGGAAAUCAACUUGGGUUCUACAAUUGUUCCACCCGGAAGAUGCUCAAAAAAUCUUAGAGAUGGCACUACCUUACUGGGAAUAUGAGGAUAAGUUGAUUUGGCACUUCACAUCUACAGGGCAAUACACUGUCAAAUCUGGAUAUUACAUUGCACUACAAACUGAGAAUCAGAUUCAGUCUUCGGUUCCCAGUUUUUCUAAACCAGAUUGGAAACAUCUCUGGAAUAUUGCAGCUCCCAGCAAAAUUAAAGUGUUCAUCUGGCGAUGUCUUCAUAGUGGAAUUCCAACGGCUCAAGCUCUUUCCAAUCGACUCCAGUUUCCUGCGGCCUGCAAAUUUUGUGACAUGCCUGAAACUAUUAUGCAUCUGCUCUUUUUGUGUCCUCGGUCUCAACAGGUUUGGUUCUCUUCACCACUUUCUUUUCGUCCAACUUGGUUAACCAAUCAACAAUUCCCAGAAUUCUGGAAAUCUUCUAUUCAUAGUCUUCUUCAAUUGGAUCCAUCUGGAGUGGCGGAAACUACUUUUUGCUUUUUGAUAUGGCAUAUAUGGAAAUCUCGUAACAAUUUAAUUUUCAAAGACCAGCGAGAUUUAUUUUCAGAAAUCAUAUCUUCAAGCCAAAAGGAAUUACAAGAGUUUCAGGAAAGUCAGAAUUCUCUUACCCGUCCAACACCACCGGCGAAGAAUCAAAAUGUGCCACAAGUUUCUAGUCUACCAUCAGGAUCCAUCAAGAUAAAUUAUGAUGCAGCUGUGGACAAACGUAAUAAGCGAGGAUUUAUAGGGGUAAUUGCAAUGGAUUGCAGGGGCAAUGCACUUAAAAAAUUCUCUGCCUUUUUUUCAUACAUAUGGGAUCCAGGUAUUUUGGAAUUUCUAGCCCUUCGUGAAUCUAUGAACUGGGCAUUCUCUUUAGGCUGGACUAAUGUGGUUUUUGAAGGCGAUGCCCUCCAAGUAUCCAAUACAGUCAAUAGUCGACAAUGUAAUAUUGCGACUUAUAAGGGUAUUUGUGAUGACAUUUGGCAUCUUCAACACACCUUCAAUUCAGCAAAAAUCCGGUUUAUCCCAAGACAACAAAAUUCUGCAGCACACAACUGGGUUCAAGAGGUGAAAUUUUCAUUUCAAGAGUGA